GGCAACAUUUGAAAACCCGCGCAGUCCAGUCGAUACCGCGCGCGGGAAGACCUGUCGUCCAUUGUGAAAAUAUUUUUUUAAAUUUCCGCGAGCAAUAGUGUUUGUACAUAAUGCCUAAUAUCAUUAACGAGGUUAAACUAGACUUUAAGGAUGUGUUGCUGAGGCCCAAAAGAAGCACCCUGAAAAGCAGGAACGAUGUGGAUCUAUUCCGAGAAAUUACAUUCCGCAAUUCCGGGCAGACGUACCGGGGAGUCCCCGUCAUGGCGAGCAACAUGGACACCGUCGGGACUUUCGAAAUGGCCAAAGAGCUGUCUAAGCACGGGUUAUUCACAUGCAUACACAAGUACUACAGUAUAGAAGAUUGGAAGAAGUUUGCAGAAGAGAAUCCUGCUUGUUUAGAACAAAUGGCCGCCAGUUCAGGCACCGGCGAGGCAGACUUCGACCGUCUGUCCGAAAUCCUCAACAGCGUCAAAGACCUCAAGUUCAUCUGCCUCGACGUCGCCAACGGCUACUCUCAACACUUCGUUGAGUAUCUUAGGAAAGUACGGGCUGCAUUCCCUUCACAUACCAUUAUUGCUGGUAAUGUGGUGACAGGAGAAAUGGUAGAAGAAUUAAUAUUAUCAGGAGCUGACAUUAUUAAGGUGGGAAUAGGUCCAGGGUCGGUCUGCACGACGAGAAUUAAGACUGGUGUGGGGUAUCCACAACUGUCAGCCGUCAUUGAAUGUGCUGAUGCUGCGCAUGGGUUGAAGGGGCAUAUUAUUUCGGAUGGUGGCUGCACAUGUCCUGGAGACGUAGCCAAGGCUUUCGGCGCCGGCGCAGACUUCGUGAUGGCCGGGGGCAUGUUUGCGGGUCACGACCAGUGCGGCGGCGAGGUGGUCACCAAGCCAGAUGGCAAGAAGGUCAAGCUGUUUUAUGGCAUGUCUUCUUCCACGGCCAUGAUGAAGCAUUCGGGCAAAGUCGCGGAUUAUAGGUCUUCUGAAGGUAAAACAGUAGAAGUAGCCUACAAGGGUGACGUGGACGCGACAGUCAAGGACAUCCUCGGCGGCCUCAGGUCGGCGUGCACGUACGUCGGCGCGGCGCGGCUGCGGGAACUGCCGCGGAGGGCCACCUUCAUCAGAUGCUGUAGACAAGUCAACGAUGUGUUCUCGUAAGCUGGGAGCUGUAGGACUUUGGGCACAAUGAGGUGUUGAGGAAUAAUGCUGCAGACAUACUUAUAAACGCCACACGAUUGAGUCAAAUUGAUUCGUAGUUUUUUCAAUGAAGAAAUAAAUGAAUAUAAUGUUUGGUUUGUAUUGAAAAAUUAUUUAUUUAGAAACACUAUUAUUGGUGCGAUUUAAAGCGUUAUUCUAUAUUCUUCGAUAGCUUGUAGAGUAACCCAGGACUGUAAAGAGGUUAUCUAGGCUAGGACAGAAAAUAAGGAAAACUUACUCACUGCUCGUAGUAACGUCCAAAGGACUCGUAAUUUCACUGUAUUUUAUUUUUAUUUUUGUUAAGUUAAGAGAUUGCAAUGCGGUUUGUUGGCGUUUUACAGCCAACUAAUAAAAAAUUUACAGAUAGCUCCUUUGCAAAAUUCUUCUUUAUGCCCAGUUUAAGCGGGCUAACACUGCUUUUUAUGCUUUUGGUCAAGAAUAAAGAAAAGCGUUCACUUUUUCAAAGCUGUGCAGGAGAGCAUAGAAGCAUAGAUGGCUAGGCCCAGGCACUAUAGAAAUUUCCAUAACUACAGCGCUUUUAUGCGAACCAGGGUUCUGGCUGAAAACCAGCGCUGUAUGUUUUUGAGUAUGUGUAAGGCAUACAGCAUUUAUGCUGAGUUUGGACUUUUUUUGGGUUGUGCCACACAAUAUGACACAGUUUAUUCCGACGCUUCUUCUGCUUGAGGUAUUUUGGCUUUAAUGCUGAAUAAUAAUAAUUGUGUUGGAGGCGCCGCGCCGGGAUAACCAAAGUCCAAACCCGUGUUUGCUGCAAAUGUUUGUUUUUCUUUUCUAAUGAAUUCAGUGAAUUCCCAGAUACUUCCGCAUCUGUUUAUUGAUCGUGUGGCGUAUUUUAAGUAAGCCGGCUCAUGAGAGACGAACGAAAGAAUGGCCUUAUUUUUAAUUAGAAGUCGCUCUUGAAAAUGCUUUUUAGUAAAACUUUUAAUAUGAAAUUACUGAUUAGAGGCAUAUACAGGAUGUUUUUUUGCUAUAGUAAAACUAAGCUAUUAGUCAGUGCUCAGUAGUGGGCUGGUGAUGAUGAUAAUGCUUGUGGUAUCGAAAGAGUAGGUAUGUUGUAAGCAAUAAAUGUCGUGAAAAGAAAGAAAACGCUACAUUUACAAUUUUCUAAGUAAUUCCAAUCUUUGCUGGAACAAAUCUCCAAAAGCUUUAAUAUUUGCUUCACUGCUCUCAAAAUAACAUCCUGUAGGUAUAUGUAAAUAUUGAUAUUUAAUACUUGCGAUGUCAUCAUAAUCUAGAUGAUUUCCUAAUCAUGUCUCGCUAAUCUUCCAUCAAAGGCAAAAUUCAAUCAGAUAAUCAUAAUUGUUUAUUUUGCUAGAAUAUGUAACAUAGGUACAUGUUAAUAACUUACAUGGGUUUUAAGGAUUAGGUAAAAUCACAUAUUCUGCCAAGCAUGGCGUGCAAAAUUAUUGAACCCAGCAUUUCAUCAUUGGUGAUCAAUCACUGAAAUUUAUAGCCUGUCUUUUUUUUUAAUUCACCAUACGCAAGCGCUUGACCACAAUCACACCUGAUGGAAAGUGAUGAUGUGGCCUAAGAUGGGAU